AUGGCUGCUCCGAUCUCGAAAGAUAUCACCAACUUGGAUGGAACAUGGAGCUUGAACAGGAAGCUCUCUGAUGAUCCCGAUGGAGUAUUUGCUUUGCAAGGUGUGCCGUGGAUUACCCGGAAGGUCCUGCGUUUUGCCAGCCUCACUUUGCAUAUCACCCAGUCGGUUUCACUGUCGGAUGCCAGCAGCACCGACUCCUCAUCUGACAUGGGCUCGGUCACGACCAUGUAUGUGAAGCAGGUUGUACACCCUGGUGGGUUCAAUAGCGAAACAUCCUGCCCUCUGAACGGAAUUGGGCAAGAUAUGUCACUUCCCAUCUUUGGCGAUAUCAACAUGCAGUUGCGAUACAUGAACACCGCGGAUAUCAAGGACGAUGUGCUUCGUCAGGGAUUUGAAGAAGGAUGUUCCUCAAGUAUAGUUAUUGAUGAGGCUGCCUACAAUACUAAGAUGGAUUGGACUGCGCAUGUGCUUUGGGGCUUCGAGAUGAUUAAUGGCAAACGAUACCUCACUCGCAACGCUCUUACUUCGAAGAAUUCCCAGAAGGACAAGCCGGUUACUGCUAGAAUGGUCUAUGAUUACCAUGCCUAA